UUUUUUUUUACCAUCGUUGCAACUCAGCCGUACAACACUGUAAUAUAAUAUGGAUUGUAUUCCUGUUCAUUUUCUUUUUAUCUUUACAGCGAUUCUUUUUAAUUUUCUCUUUUUCACAUCUUCUCCUGGCUUUUUUUUUCUCUUUCAACUUGCCUAAUUGGCCAAUAAUAAUGACAGAUCCAUCCAUAAGCGCCUUGGCGCAUCGGCGCAUGUUAGCCAAUCAACGUCCGUACUCCAUAUUACAUAUAGAUACAAACGGAGCGAUACCCAAAAAGAAAGAACACUCGUCUCCUGCUCUGUCAGCGGUUGGCCGCAAGCGCACCAACAUCUCGGUCCCACCGUGGCAGGCAAAAGGGUCCGAUGCUAUGACUCGAGAAGAACUUUCGGCUAAAAUUGCUGAUAAUUUUCAAGAAUUCAGCGCCAUGCUGAAUCAAUUGUCGGUUCCUGAACCGCCUCGUCACCGACCUCCACCAUCUCAUACACCGUCGUUGGCGCCUUGUCAGCAAGAUACCAUACCAUCACGAAGUUCGACAUCAUCGUCAGUGUCCAUGUCAACGACAUGGUCCUUGUCAUCGCUGUCGUCAACGUCAACGGGCCCGGACGAUAAUGAUCCUUUUCUAUCAACGGUCCUCAACAGACCACCCGUAGCUGCGGAGCAUGGAUACUGCGCUGAUAGUACGACCCACGCUCAGGGAAUAUCACGAGCGCAUAAAGAAUUAAUCCGCGCUGCAUGCACCGGAAACCUCACUAAACUGGCUGCAUUGCAAGACGAUCCAAGUUUUGCGGUGAUGAGCAACACAAGCGAUCCUGAUACGGACAUGACACCGUUAAUGUACGCAUCGUACUUUGGCCAUAUUUCCGUCGUUCAGCCGUUGUUGAGAGCGUCAGUGGACGUCAAUAUGCAGGAUGCGAAGGGUUGGACAGCAUUGAUGUGGGCAGCUGCUGGACAUCAGAAAACCACAAUUCAACUACUAUUGGCUCACGGAGCGUCACCGCGUAUACAAUCGAAGAGUGAAUGCACAGCCGCUGAUUGGAUCCUUGCAGAGUAUGGUGAUCUCUUGGGCUUGGUAGGCGAAUCAUGUAAACGCCAACGCCAGCGCCAACAUCGACGUCAACAAAUCAAGACGCCGCGACAUACAGCCAAAGUCAAUAGCGUAAAACGACCAUCCACUAGCCCCAAUUCCCGCCCCGAAUCCACAGGAUACCAUCCAUGUGGCUUUGAUCCGUACACUCAAUUCAUGAUCGAGCAAGAGCACGAUCGCAAGGAAGAGUUCAGUAACCACGACGAUCCAUUACUCGAUACCACACCACCAUCACUGAUACACGAAGACGAAGAAGGAUUGGAUUUAAGCGAAUGCAAAGCCAGUUUCCAAAGCAUUCUGACGUUUGAUUGGGAUCGUUGCUGGCAUGAUCAAAUGUUUGUCUUUUCAAAAACGGAUAUUUCAUACAUUCUGGAAUGUGCGACCGAUGUGAAACUGCCCGUGACGAAGCAAGAUAUGUGGGUACCAGCGAAUAUCCUGUUUCUCUGUUCUCGAUAUGCUUGUCACUACUCUGAAAUGGACCUACUACGCGAUUUCCUUGACGCCGCUAUCCUCAAAGUAACCAAAGUGAUCAAGGCUGCCGCACGUGAUGUACAUGCAUUAUGUUUUUGGAUGGCCAAUAUGUGUCGACUUGUCAGUUAUAUUAAAAAGGAUUUGUGUCUAAGUGGUGUCACUAGUCAAGAACAGAUGCGGCUGGCCGAAAUCAUAUCCGAGUGCUACAUGCAUAUCGUUGUAUAUGGUGAACGACAAAUAAGCAAAAUGCUUCAUUCUGUGAUUUUCGAUUAUGAGCAAGUGGCAAUCAUGGAAGCGACCGAGUUUGCCGACAGUUGGCACCGAUUUUUCCGUCGCAGUCGGCCACGAUCUUCAUUAUCUUCGCUCGAACGGAUACCAGACACACCCACCCCAAGGAGCAGUGCUUCCAGCACGUCGCAGCUGACGCCGCGCUCAUUAAAGCAAUGGCUUUCGUCUGUCUAUACCCAGCUAACCACGUUUGAAAUCCAUCCCGUGAUUGCCAAGCAGUUGAUGGCCCAGUUCUUCCAUUUUAUAUCCUGCGAAACGUUUAAUGCUAUCCUCAAUAACAAACGCUAUUUAUGCCGUUCCAAGGCCCUCCAAAUUCGUAUGAACCUGUCGGCCCUCGAAGAAUGGGCGAGGGAAAACAAAUUACCGAUGCAUCCUGCCAAUCCUCUUCAACCGGUGAUUCAGUUACUGCAGCUUCUGCAGUGUCUGUCAGGUUUAUCGGACCUAGCUGUCUUCAAGCACAGUCUCCAGGGGUUUGACAGGUUGAAUCCUGUUCAAGUCAAACGAUGCGUGGUGGGAUACCGGUACGAAACCAGCGAAGCGCGAUUACCGGAAGAAAUUGAACAAUACGUCAUCCAGCUCGUGGACGAAACGCAAGACCGACGUCAAUCAACCGACAGCACACGGAGUGCGGCUUCGAUUCGAAGACAGUCCAUGAAAUCCUCGGCACGACGAACCAGUGUGCCAACGUUAAGCAAUUUGGUGAUGUCAAACGCCGUAACCUCGCCGCGUAACUCCAUGCAACGCGACAGCUUUGAUAUGCUGUCUUACCAUUCACUAGAAGAAAACCAGGAGGAUGAUCCCGAACUUGAGCUUGCUGAACGACGAAAUUCUCGGUACCUGCUACCGUUUUCACUGGCGACGAGUACGCCUAGCUCCAACCACACCCACUUAACGACGAGCAACUUGUCUGAUAUGCCCUAUCCAUGCAAUGGCUGGAACGGCUUGAUCGCAAAAAGGCCAAGAAAUCCUCACUAAAGUAGAAAUCUCACCUAUUUUGAUAUGCUUUUUUUUUUUUUCAAUGAUACC